UUUUUCUCGAUCUUUAAGUCAAGUUGUUUUUACAUUUUUACAGGUUUUUGCUGUGCGAUUGCGAUGUGUGAUAAAUAAAAGUUGCGGGGACGAAAUACUACACCACAGCACUAACUAUUGCUGGUUGGUUGUUGGCAUGUAUGACGACGUUAAUUGGCGAUGAUAACGUCUGUUGUAAUUGUGCUAUGAUAACGUAACAUCAGUUCGCGAGCUAACACGUUCUUGGCUGCGGCAGUCUUCAUUUCUUAUCCACUUGUUUCAGACUCGAUUUAGAGUGUGUACUUUUUGGAAAAUACAAUAUUUUCGCAUUGUUUUUAAAUUGUGAUUAUUAAUAAAAAUGGCAGAGAAGCAAGUAAAAAAUAGAGUGUGUAUUGUUGGUUCAGGAAAUUGGGGUUCAGCUAUUGCUAAAAUUGUCGGUCGCAAUGCGGCGAGGCUGCCUAACUUCGAGGAUAGGGUCACAAUGUGGGUGUAUGAAGAGAUGAUUGAAGGGAAAAAGCUGACUGAAAUAAUAAAUGAAACUCAUGAGAAUGUCAAGUACUUGCCUGGACAUAAACUUCCACCUAAUGUUGUUGCCAUUCCCGAUGUGGUAGAUGCAGCUAAGGAUGCAGAUAUUCUCAUUUUUGUUGUGCCACAUCAAUUUGUGAGGACAAUAUGUUCAACAUUAUUGGGUAAAAUUAAACCUACAGCUGCUGCACUUUCUCUGAUAAAGGGCUUCGACAUUGCAGAAGGUGGUGGCAUUGACCUUAUCUCUCACAUUAUUACAAGGUGCCUUAAGAUACCUUGUGCGGUGUUAAUGGGUGCCAACAUUGCCUCUGAAGUAGCGGAAGAGAAGUUCUGCGAGACGACUAUCGGAUGCCGCGACGUAAUGCUAGCGCCCACAAUGCGGGACAUCAUACAGACGGAGUACUUCCGAGUGGUCGUAGUGGAUGACGAGGAUGCUGUUGAAAUCUGUGGAGCUCUCAAGAACAUAGUGGCGGUGGGAGCUGGCUUUGUGGACGGUCUGGGUUUCGGAGACAACACGAAGGCGGCCGUCAUUAGGCUCGGUCUCAUGGAGAUGAUCAAGUUCGUGGACGUGUUCUACCCGGGCAGCAAGCUUAGUACAUUCUUUGAGUCCUGCGGCGUCGCUGACCUCAUCACCACGUGUUAUGGCGGUAGAAAUAGAAGAGUGGCGGAGGCGUUUGUGAAGACGGGUCGAUCUAUUAAAGAAUUAGAAGAUGAAAUGUUGAAUGGACAGAAACUGCAAGGGCCCAUCACCGCGGAGGAAGUCAAUCAUAUGCUCGCCAACAAGAAUAUGGAGAACAAAUUCCCGCUUUUCACCGCCGUAUUCCGUAUCUGUAGAGGAGAGUUGAAGCCCAGCGAUUUUAUCGACUGCAUCCGCAGCCAUCCGGAGCACAUGAAACCGCUGACCCCCAAAUGUUCUCUGUGAGCGGAAUGAAGAUAUUCAAUUUGUUUCACGCAAACAUCGCCUACACGCCUUCAUUUUUAUCAAGCAUUUUAAUUAUAAUUUCAGUCAUAUUUAACAUCCUUCAUUGAUAACAAAAAGUUUGGUAAUCACAACACGCAUCAUUGGUCAUACUGACAGACAAAAUUUGUACAAAAAUAUUGUCAUUAAAAAUAUAACUAUCAUGUUUUUGUACAUUUUUUUCAGAGAUAAUCUACGUUUUUUUUGUAUUUCACAAUUUUUUAUUCGAUUGUUUAAUGUUAUCAAUGUCCUAUUAUCUGGAAUCGCUCAAUAUCUUUGGUGGAAAACUAAACAUCAUUUAAUUUCGUAAUCAAAGAUUUUAACUUUACUGUUUGUAAUUUAAUUUUUGUCUUGACAGUUGCAUGAUUUUUUCAUAAUUCACUGUUGUAUAAACAAAAAGUACAUCUAACGUUUCCUUUUUUUUGUAAAGAAUUUAUAAAUGUAAUAUUAAGAAUUAUGUGUGUUUGUUUCUAUUUUUUAUUGUUAAUUACAGCUGUUGAUAAUUUGGCUGCUAUCAUUUCAUUAUAGUAUUUUGUAAUGUAGGUCCUUUUUAAGUCAAUAAUGUUUUUUUUUAAUCUGUCAAGAAUUUAAUAGUCGUGUAAGACUAAUUUAUUCUUUUGCAUUUUGUCUUUUUUUCUUUAUUAACUAAUUUGAUUUUGUUAGUUUUUCCAGUGACAGUUUUAUGAUAAUUUUAAGUAUAAGUGAUCAAUGCAAACUUAUCAAUAAACUUUUAGAUAACAAAUAAAUAUAAAGAAUUUUAUAAAAAUCUAAUACAAAUUACAUCUUUUCUUUUACAAAGUAUUGCAUGUUGCAUACAAUUAUAAAAUUUAUUUUUGUUUUGUGUUUAAUAGAGUUGUGAAAUAUUCAUAAGACUUAUUAAUUCAUUCUAGUCUUAAAAAUUGUUAAAAAUCAACAUUAAAAUAGUGUGGUUAUUUGAACAUUUUGUAAAUAAAAGUAUUUUUAUAUUACUUGCCAUACAUAACAUUUGCAAGUUGAAUCAUUUCACAAACAUUUCAUUGGACAUAAAGUCAAGCUCCAUAUAAGAAAAACAGAAGCCUAUAUUUUUGUUAGUUUCUGAGGUUUCGUUGAACUUAUCUUUUUCAGAGUACGGAUUGUUAGAAAAUCACAUUGCUGUAUUUGCUAAAUGUGAAUAAGGUAAGAAAGAAUUUAGAGGCUUCUGUUUUUGUAUUAGUACCAUUGUAUUGUUUUGUCAGUGUAUUCACUCGAUUAUAUUGCAAUUUUUAAUUAUUAAA